AUGCCACCGCGAAAGAGGCAAGCUGACACCGAGUCCGCGGCGCCCGUCGCAAAGCGUCGCUCGGCGCGCCAGGCUCAGCAACAGACAGUCGCGGCUCCUGAGCCUGCGGCGGCGCCCAAGAAGAAUGCAAAGGUGGGAGGAGCUGCGGCGUCGGCUAAGGGGCGGGGAUCGGGGAAGAAGGCGCCGCGGUCCAAGGUAGAGGAUGAUGAGGAGGAAGAGGACAAGGUGCCGGCGCGUGAAGAACACGUGGAGAAGAAGAAGAAGGAGAAGAAGAAGGUCGCCGUGGCUGUGGAAGAGUCUGGCGAUGCGGACGGGGCGAAGAAGAAGAAGGGAGGGGACAAGAUGACAAAGGAGAAGAAGGGCAAGACGGCUGACGACGGUGGUACAGACGGCGGGAAGAAGGCCACGGGUGGUGGCCGGGGGUUCGAGAAUGGGAUAGAUGUGAGGUUUUCGAUUGAUGAUUUGCGGGCGAGGGAUAAGCCUGAGCCGUGGGAUGGUAUCCGCAACUACGUUGCUCGGAAUAACAUGAAGGCUAUGAACGCAGGCGACAAGGCCUUUUUCUACCACUCAAACUGCAAGGAGCCGGGCAUCGCGGGCAUCAUGGAGAUUGUCAAGGAGUACUCAGAAGACAAGGGCGCGCGCCGACCAGGAACCCCUUACUACGACGCGACGGCCACCAAGGAGAAGAACCGAUGGGGACUCGUGCACGUUCAGUUCGUGAAGAAAUUCGCGGUGCCCCUGACGCUCAAGGAGCUGCGGGAGAUGGGCGAGGCGGGAAGCCCCUGGAGAGCAUGCAGAUGCUGA